AUGUUGCUCACCCAACUCGUAUCAGCGCUGUUUAUCCUCUUGCUCGGCCCUAUAUCCUAUGGAAAACUAGUCGAUACUUUCGUCCUCCCCCUAGCUCAGGAUGCUCCUGUUCCGCCCUCUGAAGACCCCUUUUACCAGCCUCCCCUAGGAUAUGAAAAAACCGAGCCGGGAACAGUUUUGAGACGUCGCAGACCUCCUUUUCCUAUUUCGUUAUUCCGGUCUGCUCCUAUCGACCUAGCCGCAACCUAUCAGGUCCUUUAUCGUUCAUCCGAUACUUUUGGACGACCAACAGCCACCGUUUCGACCAUCCUUAUUCCUCACAAUGCAAACAUGUCAAAAAUCAUAUCCUAUCAAGUUGUCGAAGACGCAGCAUUCGUCAACUGUGCCCCUUCAUAUGCUCUUCAGCUCCAUUCAGACCCAGGCGGCCUCUUUGGAACGAUCAUCAUACAAACCGAGCUGCUUCUCAUAACUGCGGCCCUUGAAAACGGGUGGGUUGUCACUAUACCGGACUAUGAAGGACCCGUAGCUGCCUUCUUAGCUUAUUGGCGUGCAGGUUACGCAACUCUAGAUGGCAUUAGAGCUACCCUUGCUUCUUCUGGGUUUACAGGCGUGGACCCAGAUGCAGCGGUGGGCUUGUGGGGUACAUCUGGAGGGAGCGUUGCGAGCGCUUUUGCUGCAGAUUUGCACCUCACCUACGCGCCGGAGCUGAAUAUUGUCGGGGCAGCGCUAGGCGGCGUCGUUCCAAGCAUUACUACGGCCUUACAUAGUCUCAACAAAGGAUUUGACGCCGGGAUAAUCGUCGUCUUGUGUUAUUGGGCUUUCGAAAGAAUAUCUCUAUUUGCAACCCAUUCUAGAGUCAUAUCUCGUGCCUCAUCUACGGGAUAA